GCCGGUCUUGUCUCCCCCAGCUAGACUGUGAGCGCCCCCAUGGCGGGGACCUGCACCCCCACUUCUUCGGCUUUCGGCCGACGUUUAUGUGCUAUGUGCCCAGCCCGGUGCUGGCUUCGGUAGGAGACACAGAUUUUGGCUAUGGAAAGGGGAAAUAUACUAAGCAAGGUCCGCCGGGAGCCCAUGAGACGCGCUUUGGAGGUGACAAACUUGAAGACCUUGAAGAAGCCAAUCCAUUUUCCUUCAAAGAGUUUCUGAAAACCAAGAAUCUCAGCCUGUCAAAAGAAGACACGAGCAACAGUCGAAUUUACCCGAAGGAAACCUCGAGGCACCCACUGGGAGUAGACCACAGCAGCCCUGCCCCCCAGCCUGUGGGGUAUGGCCUGGAAUAUCAGCAGCCGUUUUUUGAAGACCCAACGAGACCCAGCAACCUGGAGGAGGAGGAGGAAGAAGAUGGAUGGAAUGGAGCUUACUUGCCAUCCACUGUGGAUCAGACUCAUUCCUCUAGGGCCACAGAGAAUUUAUCACCCUGUGGCACCUACCUUUCCUUUUUUUCCAAUGCAUCAGAGCUGGCAGGUCCUCAGUCUUUGCCCCCAUGGACAAUGAGUGACCCUGACUCAAGGGUCUCCCCAGCAUCUCCAGCUGGGAGUCCUAAUACAGACUUUGCAGCUCAUGGAGAGUCCCUGGGAGACAGACACCUUCGGACGCUGCAGAUAAGUUAUGAAGCACUGAAAGAUGAAAAUUCUAAGCUCAGAAGAAAGCUAAAUGAUGUUCAGAGCUUCUCUGAAACUCAAACAGAAAUGGUGAGGACGCUUGAACGAAAGUUGGAAGCGAAGAUGAUCAAAGAGGAGAGUGACUUCCAUGACCUGGAAUCUGUGGUCCAGCAAGUUGAACAGAACCUCGAACUGAUGACCAAACGGGCUGUAAAAGCAGAAAAUCAUGUCAUGAAGCUGAAACAGGAUAUAAGUUUGCUCCAGACACAGCUCUCCAGUUUCAAACGAGAGAAUGAAGCCUUGCGGUCCGGCCAGGGUGCCAGCCUUGCAGUGGUGAAACAAAACACCGAUGUGGCCUUGCAGAACCUCCAUGUUGUUAUGAACAGUGCACAUGCAUCCAUAAAGCAGCUGGUGUCUGGAGCAGAGACCCUUAACCUCGUUGCUGAAAUCCUGAAGUCUAUCGACAGAAUUACUGAAAUUAAAGAUGAGGCGGACUCUUGAGAACCACUAGCUGCCACCAGUUCCCACCACCUCUGCACCAGUGUCACCAACACGUCUUCCAGAUGUGCCCCUAACCAUGCAGUCUUCACCAAAGCAUUUCAUGGCCUAAGCAGUGUCACUGGCCACCUACAGUAUGGGGCUCCUUUCCACCAGCUGCACCUGAUGGUUUACACACAGUCCUUUGGGGAGAGUCCCCUUGUUGAUAGACUCACUGAUUUACUAGAAGGCAUAUUUGUAAAACCCAGCAAUUUUUAGAAGUCACUAAAGCUAAAAACAGCACUUUCGUAAGAAGCUUCUUCCACUAUCCUCUUGGAUUUAGCUGUAGGAUAAACUCGGACUCAGCCUCAACUUUGUUAAGCUGAACACUGAGCCAGUGUGGAAGUGAGCAGCCGGUACAGGGACUCAUGCCUUUUUUCUGUCAUUCAGUGCCUCACUAGAUGAUGGUUGACCAUUGUGGCCUUAAUAGGGUGGCUCCUGCAGUCAGCCUCAGUAAGGCAGCAGCACCAUUUGCUAGAUGCUGUCCUCCCACCAGGACCAUAGGACCAACCAAGGUCACAGAUCUUCCACGUUGCAAAGCUUUGUAAACUCACUGCUGUGAGCCUUCAGCUUUGAAAAGCCAUUUGGGACUGUCAUUUUUGAUGCAUGUUAUAUAUCAGUGAGCCUUUUGCACAGUGCAAUUCAGACUGAAAUUUUAAGGACACCCUGGGGGGUCAGCACCAGGUCUCUGGACUGUCUGAUUUUUCAAGGACAAGCAAGGCAUAAUCAGCACCCUGUGCUGAGGGGUGGGGGUUUGCAGACCAUUUUCCUUUUUCUUUUAUUUUUUUUUUUUUUUUUUUUUUUUUUUUUAAUUUUCCUUUUCCCCUCCUGUUGAGAUCAACAACUUUCUUGUCUAAAUAAAUCCUCAAGAUCAUUUGUA